UAUGACAUGCGCUUCUCUUCAAUUAAAACAUGCUUUCUUGUUGAUUGAAGCAAGUUCAAUUUUCAUCAAUGAAAUAGUGUUUAGUCAAUUGUUAAUUUGUGAAUAUUAUGAUUUAAAAUACUGAAAUGGCGAGCCAUACAAGUGAUGAUAGGUUUUUCAGUAACUUAAGUCCAUUAACGGGUAACUCAACUCUAGAAUCUACUCUACCUCUAUCGUCUAAUGACGAUGUAAGUGACCAAAGUACCAAAAAGAAACAUAAGAAAAAGAAGUCCAUGAAUUGGACACUUGAUGACCAAAUCAAGUUACUAGAAACUAGAAAAGAGAUGAACGAUGUAUUCAUGACCAAAUACCAAACUGGAGAUGCAUGGUUGGAGUUAGUCAAAAAGUGUGGUUGGGACAUUGAAUGGGAGGUUGCGAGAAAUAAAUUUAUGUACAUCAAAAGAAGAGAAGGACCAAAAAGAUCUAAUGCACCUCCAACUGGAAUCGCAGGUGAUUUUGAAGAUGGUUCAAAGAAAAGUCGUCUCUAUGAACUAGCAACAUAUUUUACUAUUAGAAGUCAUAAAUAUAACUUUCCCAGGGUCAUUGAUACUUCAGCGUUUGACCCUUUCUCCAUGAAUAGCUCAACACAAAUAAUUCCUGAUAACGACGUACUAGAUUUAACUUCUAACGAUACUUCACAAAACCAAGAAAACCAAAAUCCUCCUAUUUCUCCUAUUUCUCCUAAUCCUUCUUUUUCUCCCAUCUACAAUUGGGACGAUGAUAACAAUAAUACUGACGAUCCAUUUCCAGAACCAGAAGCACCUGAUAAAUCCUCACAAACGUCUACAUCAUCAAAAUCAAGUAAUAAUGCCACUGUCACAAAUGAUAAGAAAAGUAGCCCGAGUUUAUAUCAUCGUAAACGUCGGAAAAAUAUGACCCAAAAUGACAUUAUGAUGAAGACAAGUGAAAGUAUUGAGAAAAUGGCCAAUGAUCUUUCAAAGUUAACCUCAGGAACGCUGGAGUAUCUCAAUUUCUCAAAAGAACUGAAGUUGAAAACAUUCAAGAAAAAAUAUGAAACUGUUGACCUUACAGAUGAAUCUUAGAAAAUCAAAAUGAUUUUGGAAUCAAAAUCAUGAUGAUUUCCCUUGAUUAGUUCAUCUGAUUGUUUCGUAAAAGCAAUAAGAUGCUUUCGGAAUCGAAAGCAUGUUAUUGCUCACAAUUAAUUGUUAACCAUUUUGAUAUUCAAUAAACUAAUUUAUUACCUUUGAAAUUCAUUUGCAAUUUUUUCGCGAAACUCAUUUGCAUCGAUACAAUUUUCAAGUCGGUUUUCAUUUACAAAAUCAUCAUCAAUCGUAAAAUCAUCGGAAAGUGUUUCAUGAAAAUUUCCCAGCGUUAUGUUGUUCAGGAUACAAGCAGCAGCAAUCACGUCAAUCGCCAUGUCAAUUUUACAUUCUAAUACAUUUUUAUGUAUUCGUCUCCAUUUAUUUUUAAUAUCACCGUAGGUUCGUUCAAUUGUACUUCUU